AUGGAAGUGAAAAGAGUAAAACUCUCGGAGUUAGGAACAUGAAGUAAGAGGGAAACAGGUGCCAAACUAUAGUGGCAUCUCCUCUGCUCUUUCCUUAUCUCUUAAACACAGACUUACAGUAUUCACUUCUCUCAUUGGACCGGACCUCUUUCUCUCACACUCUCGUGUUUAUUUUAUAUUGUUCUUCUCAGAAUCUCCCUUUGUUUCCACAAAUUGUCUGUAACCAUCUUCACAUAAAAGACCAAUCCCUUCAUUAUUUUCUUUAUAAAAAACCUCAUUAAAAACCUUACCUACCCAUGAAGUAAAGUAACCCCUCCUUUCUUAUAUCCACAAAACUCAUAACUUUCAUCAGUCUCUCAUCACCAAAGAAGGGAAAAGAUGAAGAGAGGACAUGGAGAAACGUGGGACCCACAGCCACAAUCCCAACCACCGUCUGGUUCCUGUGAAGGUCCUUCAAUGGUGGAUAAGAUGGCGGAUGACAGCAACAUGGACGAGCUUCUCGAAGUUCUUGGCUACAAGGUUCGGUCUUCCGAAAUGGCCGAAGUAGCGCAGAAGCUCGAGCAGCUUGAGAUGGUUCUGUCUAAUGAUGACGUGGGUUCCAACGUCUUAAACGACACCGUUCACUACAACCCCUCUGAUCUCUCAAACUGGGUCGAGACCAUGCUCUCCGAGCUUAACAACCCGGAAUCCUCGGAUCUCGACCCGACCCGGAUUUCGGAGUACGGUCUGAGCGCCAUUCCUGGUCUCUCGGCGUUUCCCAAGGCGGAGGAAGGCGCUGACGAGGAAGCUAGCAGCAAAAGGAUCCGACUCGAAUCAGUCGGAUCCUGGGGCGACCCGGCGGUAGAUUCGACUCGCCCACGCCCUGUGGUGGUCGUUGACUCUCAAGAGACCGGAGUCAGACUAGUCCACGCGCUGGUGGCCUGCGCGGAGGCGAUUCAGCAACAGGAUCUCAACUUAGCCGACGCGUUAGUGAAGAGCGUGGGGACACUCGCGGCUUCUCAAGCCGGAGCCAUGGGGAAAGUCGCCACCUAUUUCUCCCAAGGCUUGGCGCGUCGGAUUUACACGUCAGACCUCCUCUCGGGCGGGUCCCACGUGGGCCCCUCUUUCGAAGAGGCUUUGCAGAUGCACUUCUACGAGUCGUGUCCUUACCUAAAGUUCGCUCACUUCACGGCGAACCAAGCCAUCCUCGAAGCCGUGACGACGGCGCGUAGAGUACACGUGAUCGACCUCGGGCUUAACCAAGGGAUGCAAUGGCCGGCGUUGAUGCAAGCGUUAGCGGUUAGACCCGGCGGACCUCCGUCGUUUCGCCUCACCGGAGUCGGACCGCCGCAGACGGAGAGCUCGGACUCGCUUCAGGAGCUAGGUUGGAAGCUGGCUCAGUUCGCUCAGGCGAUCGGCGUCGAGUUCGAGUUCAAAGGCUUAGCGGCAGAGAGUCUAUCGGAUCUCGAACCGGAGAUGUUCCAGACCCGGCCCGAAUCGGAAACAUUAGUGGUUAACUCGGUUUUCGAGCUCCACAGGCUUCUAAACCGGUCCGGUUCGAUCGAGAAAGUUCUAACCACGGUAAAGGCCGUUAAGCCGAGUAUCGUUACUAUGGUGGAGCAGGAAGCAAACCACAACGGCGUCGUUUUUCUCGAUAGGUUCAACGAGGCGCUUCACUACUACUCGAGUUUGUUCGACUCGCUGGAAGACAGCUACGGCUUACCGAGUCAAGACCGGGUCAUGUCGGAGGUGUACUUAGGUAGACAGAUAGUCAACGUGGUGGCGGCGGAAGGAACCGAUCGGGUGGAGAGGCACGAGACGCUGGCGCAGUGGAAAGUCCGGAUGGGAUCCGUCGGGUUUGACCCGGUACCUCUCGGAUCCAGCGCGUUUAAACAAGCGAGCAUGCUCUUAUCGGUUUUCGCCGGCGGGGAUGGAUACAGAGUCGAGGAGAACGACGGUUGUUUGAUGCUAGGGUGGCAGACACGACCACUUAUUACCACCUCGGCGUGGAAACUCGCCGGAGCUUAGAGAUGACACACGGUUGGAACCGGGAAAAAGUGAAAAGAGAAAAUAAAUGUUUAAAAAUAGGGGACCGUAACUUUUAGAUGUGUUUUUUACUGUUUUAACCCAAACUUUUUGUGUGUAUUAAAUUUUAGCCUAAAUGUUUACUUCUUUACUUGUUGGACCCUGUGCGUAUGUAUCGUAGAAAGGGAAGGAGAGAACCGAGUAAAAAACCUUUGUAUCGUAGCUCGAGCUAGUAGUUCUUCUUUUCAAAGCUUUCAAUAAAUGGAAGGAUAACGUUUUCUAUGA